AUGGGUUAUGGAAAGCUACAGCAAGCAAUAGUGUGUUUUACAGCCUUACGACGGAGCCUUGCACAUUGGAAACUACGCUCUUCUACUCCAAAUACUAACCACUGUCCAGCACUGGCCGAAACUAACGGUCUUCGUAUAGAGCCGGGCAAACUGAGCUCCUUAUCUGAGAAGUGUACCAAGUACGUUACAGCUAUGGUUGGGUGUCGAAGCGACAGUAGCUUGGAGUUACUGAUGACCUGUGCUAUGUACCAAGAUUUAAAACGUUUCCAGUGUCACGGAACUUGGGAAGAAAAAGGACGAAACUAUCUAGUAACUGGACUCAAAGAAUCACGACGAAAGUUUUGUUUUGUUUUUUCUGCUUAUUCACGGGUGACCCGGAUGUCAGGUUUACAUGACACUUGCUCUCGUAAUGUCCAGCCUGGCGUUACAGGAAACUUAACUUUCAACAUUACGGCAGCAGGAGAAUGUCACUACACUUUAAGUUCGGCCAUGAGACCAGUGCUUUCAGUAGGCUUAGCUUUUGGCGCAGUAUUAGCUCUCACGGUGAACGGUUAGCUGAGAACACUUCCUCAAGAGAGUUCCGGUGGUUUUUUUACCAGGAAAGAUAAGAAGGUGAUUUAAGUGCCUCUUUGUCGGAGCCCUCUCACGUUUGUUAAGCGAACUUCCGAAAGUUGACAGAAGUCGUCUAAUUUGUGAAGGAAUCUCUGAACGAGGAAGUAAACCUUAGAUUCAAUCUAAGUUUACAAGUUGCAGUGGAACCAAUUACAAGAAAUCGUGGUUAGUUUUAGUGAAAGGAAGAUACGAAAAAAAUAUAUUUGUACUUAUUUCAAGAAGGCUAGUGCAACAGGACCAAUAUUGGACAUUUAGAAGUUGAUUCGGACGAACAGAAGAUUUUGUUCUUGACAGAAUAAUAAACACGUAUAUAUAUA